AUGUCUUCGACAGAGCCCGGUCUUUAUGAAAAUGUCGACGCUUCAACACGACAAGCCUAUGAACGGUUUGUCGAAUUUGAGCGUUUGAUGAAAUCAUACUCGGCACAAUCAUCACCACACUCACGUCUAAAUCCAACACCACUUGGUCUUUGUGCGUUUGCAUUGACGACAUUUAUUCUUUCGAUGUACAAUGCAGGCGUCGGAAUACCUGUAACAGCUUCACAUGGUGUUGUUAUGGGUCUCGCUCUUUUCUACGGUGGUUUAAUUCAACUCAUAGCUGGUUUACUAGAAUUUCGAAUUGGAAAUAAUUUCGGUGCGUUGGCUUUUUGCUCGUAUGGUGGCUUUUGGCUUGGAUUAUCUUCGUUAUACAGUGGAUUUUUCGGUUUUAUAACUUACAUGGAUUCAACAACAGUGAACCAAGCAUUUGGUGUAUUUUUUCUCGCUUGGACGAUUUUUACAGCAGCUAUGCUCGUCUCAUCUCUUCGAACGAAUGUUGCUCUAGUUGCAUUAUUUGCGUUUUUAACCCUCACAUUUAUUCUUCUUACAGCGUGUAAGUUUCAAAACAACGAUUACAACCUACAACGAGCAGCGGGUGCUUUUGGAAUCAUUACAUCUAUCAUUGCUUGGUAUGCAGCUUUUGCCAGUUUACUCAAACAAGGAGAGAACUCGUACUUUUCACUGCCUGUGUAUAAUUUAGCACCUCAAGUAUCGCAAGUGCCAACAAUUGUGAUUGAUAAACCAUCAAGGUCGAACAUUCGUUCUCAAAAAAUGUAA